AACGAAAACAAAAUUAUGUACGAAACAGAAACCUGCGUGACUGGUCUGCCAAAGAGGCGGGUGAGGGCAACGUCAUUCGUCGCGAUGGUGGCGCUACGCUCGCAACUCCUGCGCAUCGUUUUCAAUGGGACUCAGACCCGUCAGCUCCACGAGCUGAAGAAGAAGGAGCGCGCAGGAGUGGCGAAGCUACGGGAAGUGCUGGACGACCGGCUGCAGGAGAUCAAGAAAGCCAAGACCUGGAAGCACGAGAGGAUCCUCACAUCGCCGCAGCAAACAAAGGUGACGGUCCAAGGUGCUCAAGGUGAAUUCUUGAACUUUUGUGCGAACAACUAUUUAGGAUUAGCAAAUCAUCCAGAAGUCGUAGAGGCGGCCAGGGAGAGCUUGAGCAAAUAUGGCGCUGGACUCAGCUCCGUUAGGUUCAUUUGUGGAACACAAACUUUACAUAAGGAACUGGAGAACCGCUUGGCCCAGUUCCACCAGCGUGAAGAUGCGAUCUUAUACGGAUCGUGCUUCGACGCUAACGCCGGGUUAUUCGAGUCCAUGCUGACACCAGAGGACGCUGUGUUCUCGGAUGCCCUCAACCACGCCUCCAUCAUUGAUGGGAUCCGGCUCUGCAAGGCUCAGAAGCACCGGUACCCGCAUAGAGAUCUCAAUGAACUGGAGCACCUGCUCGCCCACAGCGAGGCUCGCAUCAAGCUGAUAGUAACAGAUGGAGUGUUCUCCAUGGACGGAACCGUGGCUCCCAUAGAGGGGUUACGCAAGCUGGCUGACAAGUAUCGCGCGUUGCUUGCUGUGGAUGACAGCCAUGCUACUGGCUUUUUUGGGGAAACUGGCCGGGGCACAGAAGAGUACUGCGGCCUGAUGGGCGCCGCCGACAUUAUCUGCUCGACCCUCGGCAAGGCCGUCAGCGGCGCCGCGGGAGGCUACACCACUGGCCCCAAGGAACUCAUAACACUGCUGAGAAACGUGUCCAGGCCAUACCUGUUCUCGAACGCACCGCCUCCACCCGUCGUCGCCGCUUCUUUAAAGUCGCUAGACCUGGUGGAGAACAGCAGCGAUCUCAGGCAGCGGUUGCGUGAGAACACCCGGAUGUUCCGCGAGGGGCUGCAAGCGGCUGGCCUCACUGUCUCGGGAGAUGACCACCCCAUCUGCCCCGUCAUGGUCGGAGACGCGCCUAUAGCUGUGGAGCUCGCGUCUGGAAUGCUUGAGCGCGGUAUCUACGUGGUAGCGUUUAGUUUCCCCGUGGUGCCGCGUGGCGGCGCUCGCGUGCGCGUGCAACUCAGCGCUGCGCAUACGCCGGCCGACGUGCAACGCGCGGUGGCCGCGUUCGCAGAGGUUGGCAAAAGCGUUGGCCUCGUCAAGUAGAAAGCUAAGAAGAAUCUAUGAGAAACCCCGACCGAUUGUUAAAAUAUUAGGGCAUUUAGACUAGUGAUGUACAAGGCUCGAGGCUUCCGAGUCCUUUUGCCGAGAGCUCAGUCGUUUUACAGGGCUCGCCUCGUUUGUAUGAAGCUCGACGACUCGGAAGUCUUUUAGAGUUCGAGCCUUUUUCGGGGCUCGCCUCGUUUAUGAAGCUUGGAGUCUUUCGCAGAGCUCCAGCCUUUUUGAGAGCUCGAGCCUUUUUGAAAGCCCAGUUAACUUUUGUGUUAAGAUCGUCCUAUUAAAUAUAAAACUGCAGAAAUUUUGAUAAUACAAUAAAAUACAUAUUUGAAAAACGUUUUUCACAAAAGGGCACAAAUCAAAUAAUGAAUACAAACAAUUAGAAUUAUAGCCUUGCCAUUCCGCCUCGAGGCUUCAAAAAGCUGGCUUCAAAAAACUCGACGCCUCGAGUCUUGUACAUCACUAAUUUGGACAUGUUAGAAACUCUAAUGCUUCAACCACACCAACGGGUGCACAGAUCGCCAUCGCCAGCGCGAUCAUAGGCCAAUUACAGGUCGCGUGAACUGUCAUGGUAUGAUCGUGCCGGCGAUGGCGAUGGUAGGCUUAGGAUGCGCGCCGCGACAAGCGUUUAUCACGCCUUUUUAUCGAUAUUACGUGAUAAACCCAUACAUUUGUCGUCUAAAAUCAUCGAAAAAUUUUAUCACGGCGCACAUCCUAGCCCGGCUGCACACGAUGUGGUUGAGGCUUAAAUAAAGCUAUUCACAACUCGAUUCCCUUAUUUUCCUGUGUACCCUUGGCUGUUCCCUUGAUGGUACAGUGGUAAAUAAAUUUUAACCGCUGUACCCUUGGCCGUAAAACCCAACCAACUUAAAUUGUACACGUGACCAAGAGGACUAGCUUUUCUUGAAUUUGGCCAAAAAACAAAAACAAAUGAACAUCGAUAAAAACAAAUGAAGUAACAUGGAUGUAGAUAAAAGUAAAACCUAAUUAUAAUUAAUUAAGUACAUAGAAUAAAGACAAUAUUACGCCAUUUUUAACAGACUUCAAAAAAGGGUACACAUUUUUUUUCUAUUUAUGUUCACCGAUUACUCCGUCAAUUGUGGACCGAUUUUCAAAAUUCUUUUUUUUGUUCGAUACAGUACACUUCUGAGGUGGUCCCAUGGUCACCAAGUCAGGAUCUGAUGAUGGGAUCCUAGGGAAAUCGAGGGCAAAUCUCAAAUUUUAUAGGCACGUAUAUCGUUUCUCAUAUUUAUUCUAAAGAUAUUCAAGUAUAUGCAUCUAGUAGUCAUCAUCUAAUGUUGAUGAGGUGAUGAUGGAAGGUAAAACUCCUUAACGCUUAGGAGUUGGAGAAUAAUUCUUUAAAUACGUAUGUACAUACAGUUGUAUUACUUCAGGUUUUUUAGGUGAGCUGAUGAUGAAAGGUCAAACUUCGUAAGUUAGGAGUUAGAUGAUACUUUUUAGUUGCUUUGUUAUUUAAAGUAAGUUUUGUUUUGUUAUUUAAAGUAGGUAGCCUGUAUUUGUAAAUUUAGGUACACUUAAAAUGGAAAACUACUCAAUCUCAUUAAACAUAGGUACUGCCCAUCUUCAGUGAGAAUAACAAAGACUAAUCAACUAAAAAGCAUGAAAUAAAUUAAUUUUAACAAAAAAAUUAAAACCGACUCCAAUAAACCUGCACUAAAAAGUAGAAAAUAAUUACAUUAUUUAUUAGGACAAUUUUUUGUGAGUUUUAUCAUGGAAGCUAAUUGCAUUGAUGAUGAUAUUACUUGUUUUAUUGAGAGGAAUGGCGGUAUUGUUUUAUUACAUGACGGUCGACAGUACUACAAUUUUGACAUUUCAGAAGUGGUACAGGAAAAUGGCGUGAUAUUGUAUUUAUUCUAUGUACUUAAUUAAUUAUAAUUAGGUUUUACUUUUAUCUACAUCCAUGUUACUUCAUUUGUUUUUAUCGAUGUUCAUUUGUUUUUGUUUUUUGGCCAAAUUCAAGAAAAGCUAGUCCUCUUGGUCACGUGUACAAUUUAAGUUGGUUGGGUUUUACGGCCAAGGGUACAGCGGUUAAAUUUUAUUUACCACUGUACCAUCAAGGGAACAGCCAAGGGUACACAGGAAAAUAAGAUUAGCAUAAGUAGGCAUUUAUGACUACAUGAAACCGCAGUAGUAAAAAUAAUAAUAAUAAAUCUUUGGACAAUUUCACACAGCGCCAGCUAGCCCCAAAGUAAGCAACUUAAUGCUUGUGUUAUGGGUGCUAGCUUAACGGAUAUACUACUCAUAUACUUUUUUUUUUCUAAAUACAUACAUAUUAUACAUAGUAACACCCAGACCCGUCACAGAAAUUAAAAUUCAUCACUUCAAUUUCUGCCCGGCCGGGAAUCGAACCCGGGACCUCUCGGCAUAGUAGUCCGUUCUGAACCACUACACCAAACGGCCGACGACAAAAAUGUGAGGGUUGCUAGUUGCUACACGCAGGGUGUUAAAAUUGAACAUCUAUGUAGCGAUGUAAAAUCAUUGUCUUAGUAAAUUGUCUAUGUAAAUAAUAAUUUGAUCAACCUGUAUAUUAAUGUCCUUUAUGCAUAUUAUGUUUUAUAUUAUUGUAAAGUACAUUUACACUAUAUUUGUAUAUGUUUAAAUAAAUAUAAUAAUGAUAA